AUGAUACAUGCAAUGGCCAAGCAACAGGCAUCGAGAUCCAAAUUUCUCCGAGAUGUUAAAGCCAACGAGAAAGCCAUACAGCAACAACAGCAAUUACAACAACAACUCCAACAGCAGCAGUAUCAGCAGCAGCAACUUCAACAGCAUAAACAGAGAUCGCAUCAGGUUCAACCACAAAGACAUUUCGCACAGCAUGAGGAACUGACGGCAUCCCUCGCUUCUGCACGAGGAAUUGCUCCUACUACUGGAUCCAAUACAUCAAAAGCUACUGGUACUGCCCAUUUAGCAUCUGGUGCCAAGAAAAAAUUGUCGGAAGAAGAUCCUUUUUACAAGUUUUACUCGUCUAUUAACAGUGUGUUCACCAAGACGUUCAAUGCUUCAAUUGAGAAAGCAAAGGAAGAGCGAUUGCAUCAGGUACAGAACCAUAGUUCGGCAUUACACAAGAACGGAAUGUCCAGUUCAGGUGGUGCAAGCGAGUCCGAAGCUAACUCGGCUAUAACCAGUCUAAUGCUCCCUAUAAAGUUUGAUAACGAGAGCUUUUAUGUUGUUCCAAACACGAAUAAAUCAUCAAUAGAAGAGUUGGCCACUGAAAAUGCCAAUUUACGGCAGAUGAUUAAUCGUACCAGCAUUCAGUUACAUGCUUACGAAACAGCAACGAAGAAACAGAAGGAUGCACUGAAAAACAAUUUGAUGCUGUUAAGAAAUGAGUUUAAUAGCCGUGAAUCUGCACGUAACAGACAGCAUGAAGAAGAAAUAGAGGCUCUUACCAGCGAAAUUGAUAAGCUCAAAAUUCAAAUAGGACGAAUGAAGAGCAGGUGGGAUGACCUUAAAGAGAGUGCACGGAAACGCAGAGAAGAGAGCGUCACUGAUGACGAAGAUAAAACGAGCAAUGACACAUGCAUACAAGAAGAAACUCCGGCAGAAGAACCAGAUUUUGAUUCUGAAGCAGCUGCUGAGGAACUAGCCGAAGCAGAAGAGGCUGCUGCUGCUGCUGAAGUAGCUUCUGUUGAAGUGGUUUCUGCAGAAGUGGUCUCAGAUGCUGUGGUGGUUUCGGCUGCCGAUGUGGACAAUGUAGUACCAGGAGAUGUCUCAGCGGCAGAAGCGGCGCUAGAAACCUCAGCGCUGGAGGCCUGUGCAGCAGAAGUCAUAGGGGAAGAAGCAACAGAGGCAAUAGAAGAAGUUGUAUGGAAACUCUCAACCGCUGAGCUAGGUAAAACGUUUACUACUGAGCCGCCCUCCGAGGCAGAUGCUCCAAAAGCCCCAUUGGAACUGUUAGAAUCUGAGGAUGUGCCACUGCCAGCUGAACCAGCACCAUUGGAACCGGAUGAAGAACCACCAGAGCCAGAUCCUGAAUCUGAACCUGAUCCCGAACCGGACCCGGAUGUUGAUCCCGAGCCGGAGGUGGACCCAGAUCCAGACCCAGAUCCAGAAGAGCCUGAACCAGAGGAUGAACUACUUCCUGAGCCGCAAUAG